UUCUAACGACCAGUAUAGUUUCAGCGGCAGCACUGAACACAACGGUUUUCUUAAUUAUUCACUGCGCUAAUUAUAGUUUCUUAUAAAAUACUUAAGGAUAUUCGAAAUCUAAUUAACAAUGACGUCUGAUAUAAUUAUAAAAAUUCGCGCCUGGCUGGUGGUCACUCUCUUUACGUUAUUGAUGCCAGCCAUUCUCUUCUUUUCGAUGUUGAUAUAUUUCUACGAUAACUAUUUAAGAAACAAAGUGUGCAAAAAUAUUGCUGGCGAUGUGGCUGUGGUCACCGGUGCAGCAGGUGGUCUGGGUAAAUGUAUUGCUAUAGAAUUAGCAGCUAGGGGAUGCCAUGUCGCUAUAUGUGAUAUCAAUUACGAUUUGGCUGUGACAACGGCAAAGGAAAUCGCCGAUAGAUAUGGCGUCAAGGCAAAAGCCUAUAAGGUGGACGUUGCCAAUUACGAUGAGGUUGUGGAACUUAAUGAGAAACUAACCAAUGACAUUGGCGCCGCCACUAUACUCGUGAAUAAUGCCGGGAUAAUGUUGCAUUCAAAUCAGUUGAAUCCCACAGUGGAAGAAAUCGAGUUGAUGGUUAAAGUCAAUUACUUGUCAAAUUACUGGACAAAUCGUGUGUUUCUGCCAAAUAUGAAGAAAGCCAAGAAAGGCAAUAUUGUGGCCAUUGGCUCAGUUUCUGGUCUAGUCACGCUUCCACAAUCUGAGCCAUAUUGCAGUGGAAAGACCGCUGUACGCACGCUAAUGCGUGUCUUAAGAGCGGAGCUGAAAUUAAGCAAUAUUAAGGGCAUUGGCGUGACCUCAGUGUUUCCCGCAUUUCUGACAACUCAUGCCGGAGUGGAGAAGUUCGCUCGCGAUAGCGGUUAUGCCCGAAUGUAUCCGUUGUACACUGGCGAAGAGGCGGCGCAAAGAACCGUACGCGGUAUGCUGCGCGGUGAAGUGGAGAUUGCAAUGCCGGAAUUCUAUAUGAUUAUGUAUCGGUUUAUAUCUAUUUUGCCGUCAUGUGUCCAAGAUUGGUUGGCUUUCUGUCCAUCAUUUGCCAAAUCUACUUACUUCCGCGCAGUGGCAGCAAUAAAAACAAAAUGAAAUUGUUGUAUUUUUUUCAUAUUUUAUAAUUAUAGUCAAUUCCUUAAAAUAAAGAGUUUAGAAUAAACAUUGUAGACCAGUGGUGGUCAACCAA